AAAUCCCUUAAUGACGAGCGAAAUUCAAACAAUGAAAUAAUAGCUUGUCAAGUUUAAUGUCGAGUCAAAAUGAGCAGCACAUUGAAUAAAUCCUCAACUUUAAACGUUUCUGGUGAUUUAAGUCUAGCUUCAAUCAAUUUUCCAAAAUUCCCCAAAAAUGUAAUAGUUUCCGAAGAACUUAACGGCUAUUUGCGCGAUCAACUCGAGCAAGCAAAACGUGAAAACCGUAGUCUGCAAGAAGAAUUAGAAAAAAAAGAGGCUCAGAUACAACAAAGUCAAACAAAAAUUGAAAAACUAAACGAGAAGUUUAAUGAUUAUGAAAACUGCUGCCCUAACGACUUUGCUUCUGCUUCACAAGUUGCAAAUAGUAAAAUAGUAGAGCUGAGUAAGAAAUUGAGAGAAAAAAAUUCUGAAGUCGAAGUGUACAAAUCGAAAUGUGCAAAACUGGAAUCAACGUUAUCUGAAUUAAAAUUAACACAAGAGGAAAUUGUUCAAGUUGAUAAACCAGUCGAAACCAAUUUAGACGAAAUGAAAAAACUACAAGAGAAAUUAAAUUACACAACAAACAAAUGGAUUGAGGAGAAAAAUUUAAAUUUGCAACUUAAAAAUGACCUCAAACGUGCGAAUAAAUGGUUGCAACAAGAAGUCGGCGAAAAAUUUGAAACUUUGUUGAGUCUAAAUUCAUCAAAUUCCAACUGGAGAGGCAGAGCGCAGAUAAUUUGUGAUUUACAACAGAAAAAUCAGGACCUGAAAGAAAAGUUGAAACUGUUUCAGGACAACAAAGGCCCCGUUUUCAAUAGCGAAUCGAUUCAAAUCAAGCAUGAGAGAAAAAUUGAAGCCUUGAAAGAGGAAAACUCCGAAUUGAAAAAUAAUUAUACAGAUCUGAAACGCAAAUUUGAUGCUCUUAAAACUCGGUGUAAGGUCUUGGAAAACGAUCACAGCUUCCUGAAAUCAAAAUUGGCUAGUUUCGCUGAAAGACACGACGUCGACCAACAAACUGUGGCCAAAUUGACGUCGCAGUUGCAACAGUGCAACCAACUUAAAACCGAAGAUUUGAGACAAAAGGACCAAAUGGUUAAAUAUUUACAACAGGAGAACGAGACACUCAAAGUCGAGUUAAUGAAAGAAAAAUGUUUGUCGGAAAACAAAUCGAAAGAACUGUUGGAAAAAAACGACGAUAUUCAGUUGCUCAACAAAAGAAUAAGAAGUUCGCGACCUUCAAGUUCUUAUAAACACAGACAUGAAAAUCCGGAAACGAAAACCAUAAACCGUCUCGAAGUGGAACGUUUGCGUCUUUUAGAACUAACCAAAGUCCAAAACAAUCGUCUUGAAGAAGAGAGAAACGCUCACCUCAAAAGCCAACACCUUCUACGUGCCGAAAAACAGAAAUGUGCAAGGCUUGAGGCGAGUUUGGCGAGACUGGAAUUGGAACAAAAUAGUGCAAGGUCAGGGUACGGGAGUAAAAAUAUUACUCCCGGACGGAUGGAGAUGGAUGUUAAAGACAAGUUGGAAUUAGCUGAAGAAAAUAUCAAAGCUUUGACUACAAGACUGGAAAUCGAGUGCAUGGAAAGAAAAAUGGACUUUCAGGAGUUUAGUAAGGUUUUAAAGGAUUGUACAUGUGGUAAAUUUUGAGUAAAUCCCAAGUGAUA